AUGGAAGAGAAAACAACAACAGUAGUUGUCGAGAAAGAUGUUUCGGCGGUGGUGCCUCGUGACCUACCAGAGAACCCCAAGAGGCCCAGCGAGAUAAGCGGCGACACUAUCAUUACCGUUACCGACGACGAUGCUGUGCCCAAGGAGUCAGCGGACACUCCGCCGGUCGAGGAGAUCCCGCCCCGGUUCACGGUAUACAAGCCGUGGCAGAAGCGGUUGAUCGUCCUGAGCGCCGCCUUCAGCGCCCUAUUCGCUUCCUGGACGGCUCAGAUUUAUUUGCCUGCGCUGAAUAUCGCAGCCGCCGACUUGCAUGUCUCUACCACACGGAUCAAUCUCACAGUCACCAGCUACAUGAUUCUGCAGGGCGUUACGCCUAUCUUUAUCGGCGGGUUUGCCGAUUCCGCGGGCCGUCGGCCGGCUUACCUGGCGUGUUUUGUGCUCUACAUCGUUGCCAAUGUAGGCCUUGUUAAGUCCGAUAGUUACGGGAGUCUCCUGGGCCUCCGUUGUUUCCAGUCUGCUACUAUAUCCGCCACGCAGGCUCUAUGCCAGGGCGUCGUAGCGGAUAUCGCAACCAGCGCGGAGCGUGGCCAGUACACGGCUUUCAUCGCGGUGCCAGUCACGCUGGGGCCGAGUCUAGGGCCCGUCAUCGGCGGUGCUAUCGCGCAGUAUCUAGGGUGGCGGAGUAUCUUCUGGUUCUUGGCUAUAUGUGGCCUAGUCAACCUCCUAAUCCUGAUCUUCUUCUUCCCGGAGACGUGCCGUACGGUCGUAGGCGAUGGCUCUAUCCUGCCGCGGAAACGUAACCAGACGGUAAUGCAGCUGAUCCGGAACUUGAAGAGGAAAAAGGUUGCUUCCGAUACCGAGAGUAAUACUGCAACCAUUACUGAGACGACCGAACCCCUUCCUAAGAAGAACUUUGCCUGGUCCAGGUUCCUAACAUCUCUUGUUCUCCUCUGCGAGAAGGAGCUUAGUCUACUCUUCUUAUAUGGUGGUUUCAUAUUCGCGGGUGUCUAUGCUGUAGCAACCGCCGUUCCAACCCUAAUCUCUGAGAUAUACGGCUUCGAUGGCUUCAAAGUCGGUCUGAUAUACCUACCCAUGGCCGUCGGAUCUAUAUUUUCCGUCGCAUUCGUCGGGAAGGGAAUGAACUGGAAUUAUCGGCGACACGCGCGAAAGUUGGGAAUAGAAGUAGAUCGGACCCGUCAGAUGGAUUUAUUAGAUUUCCCUAUCGAACGGGCACGGAUCGAGGUCGCCAUCCCGCCGCUCAUCCUAAGCAUGAUCAUCAUCGCGGCUUGGGGAUGGACCCUGGAAAAUGAAGUUUCGAUAGCUGUCGUAUGCGUGCUGGUCUUCCUCCUCGGGCUAGGUCUUGUCAGUGUCACGAGUGUCUUCAGUGCGCUCAUCGCAGAUAUCCGGCCGGGGAAGACGGGUGCUGCGAGUGCAGCAAAUAACAUCAUCAAGUUCCUCUUAGGUGCUGCCAUGGCGGCGGCUAUCGACCCGCUUAUUAGGGCUGUCGGGCCGGGUAAGGCUUACACCAUCAUCGCGUUUCUUUACUUGUUGUUGUCGCCUUGUCUGUACUUUGUCGUGAAAAGGGGCAUGCGAUGGCGAAAGGAGUUACGAGAAAAGGAGGGCGAGGAUACAGGAUAA